GAGAGAGAGAGAGAGAGAGAGAGCGUGACUUUUGCGUCUGGUUCACACACGCACGCACACCCGGGCAUUGUCGAUCCGAACUCGGCGUUCUUCACAACGGCAAAGACACGAACAUCGAACAAACCCAGAACAAAGUCGAGGAAGAUCAAGAGAAGUAAACAACAGGCCUUGCGUUCGCACUGUUGUGUUGUUUGGAGCUGCAGAGGAUCGGAGACAUGGAGUCAUUCGACGCCGUGGCAACUGAAGCCGAAGAGCACCCCCACGACCCCGACUCACGGGACCACCGCUCGAGCCCUUUCCACGACGACGCCUUCAUGGGCUACGACCCCGCUUUCGCCCCCUCUGAUGACGUCUUGGCCAGUGCUCCCCCUCCCUCUUCUGAGGACGGCGACGUCUUCGGAGACACCGGCGGUGGCGGGUACGGUGACAGCCAGGCAUCGCCUGAGGUCUACGGGUUCAGCGUAUCAACCCCAAACCCGGAUUUCGUCUCGCCCUUCGAGCCGGUGAUGAACGGAGUAGCGGAGGAGGGUGGUGGAGGUGGUUUUGUGUCGGAUGGGCCUCUGUUGCCUCCGCCAAGUGAGAUGGUCGAGGAAGGUGCCGCUCGACGUGAGUGGAGGCGUCAAAACGCCAUACAACUCGAGGAAAAGGAGAAGAGGGAGAAGGAGAUGCGGGAUCAGAUUAUUGCCGAAGCUGAAGAGUAUAUACGAGAUUUCUAUGAGAAAAGGAAGCUCAACUGCGAAACAAACAAAGCCAAUAACAGAGAAAGAGAGAAGCUGUACUUGGCCAACCAAGAGCAGUUCCACAAGGAAGCCGACAAGCAUUACUGGAAAGCCAUAGCUGAGAUCAUCCCUCGAGAAGUUCCAAACAUAGAGAAGAGAGGGAAGAGGGACGCCGAGAAAAAGCCCUUGGUUGUGGUCGUUCAGGGGCCUAAGCCAGGAAAGCCCACCGAUCUUUCAAGAAUGAGGCAAGUUUUGUUCAAGCUGAAACAGCACCCUCCGCCUCACAUGAUGCCUGCCCCACCGCCACCACCCACGAAAGAUGGGAAGGAGAAGGACUCGAAGGAAGGGAGCAAGGACGAAAAGAGUGAGAAAAUUCCUACAGAUGCCACAUCUGGUGAUGUUCCUGGCAGUGCUGCAGAGAAACCGGCUGCAGAGAAGCCGGCGACCCCUCAAAAAGUCGCCCCCGAUGGUGGCAACCCUGAGAAAGCAGAGGUUCCCGAAGCCCCCAAGGGAGAAAAAGCAGCUGAAUCGGGGGUAGCCGCUGCCGAGUGAUGCAACUUUUCCAUGUCGGCACACUUCCGAUCGAAACUUCCUGUCCCGUAAAGAGCGAUCAAGAUUAGAUAGUAGGAGAUAUGGCGAAAGUAAGUUAGAUCCAAUCUGAGCGGCACAUUGAACAUAGCACGAAGAGUGAAGGUGAUGCUCAAGUAAAUGACCAUCAUAACCGAAGUAGCAUUUGCGAGCCAGCUGAGUUUGCUGAUGGACACGUACAAGCCUGCCGUGAAUGCGGGGACAUUUGAGAGCUACCAACAGGGGCAAAACCGCAGUUCCAUAUGCAAAUAGCGCUGCUUGAGAGUCAUUGAUUUGUGCGUAGAGGAGCAUGAGGACCAAAACCAUUGAAUUGAACACGGUGAGCAUAUUGCAUUCAGAGAAUACAUGGAACAUAGUCUUCUUCAUUGCUGUGGCAAUGCCAUGGCCUUGUCCUGUGCCAGAGCCGUUAUACCCUCCCAGAACUGCAAGACCAGCGGCGAAAGUCACAGUGGCCAUGAGUGUUGCCAAGAGCAAGCAGGUGUU